AUGAUUGCAAUUGUGUAAACUCCCAGUACAGUACAUUCAAAUAGAUAAAGUAAAACAGUAACAUAAUGAUUUCACCUUAAUUAGCCUGGAGAAUAUAAUCAUUUCAGGAGAAUAUUAAAAACCAGAUAGAGAUUCCCAUCAAGUUCUGAUUGUAAAUUCAGGAAAUCUGAAAGCAGUCCAAUAAAAAAAUAAAGUGCUAAUUAAACAAUAGAAAAAAAAGUUCUUCUUACUUUGUAAGAUAGACCUAAAACAUAAGCAGAUAUACCUGAAAGACCUCCUGAAUAUUAUAACUUAUUCAAUUUACCAUAUAAGAACUACAAAUAUUAAAGACCUCCUGGAUAAAUUAAUGUGGAGGAGUAUUUAGAAGGAACAUAUAAAUUAGGUAAAAUUAUUGGUAUAUGGGAUAAAAAUAUAUUGCAUAAGAAAUUAAAUGUGAAUAAGUAUUUGUUGAUAUUAUGAGCUUUAGUCUUUAGAUCAAGAGGAGUAAUUAUACUUCAGAUCAUCUAAUAAAGGCAAGAAAGCCUUAAGGACCAUCAAGUUGUUUAGAAACAAUAUAUAUAGCUAAGUUAUAAUUGGAAAAUGAACAAUCUUAAGAAACAUUAAUAAAAAUGAAGUCCAUGGAAGAUACUCUUAAAUAAGAUAUACAAAAAUAUAUUGUUGAAGGAUCAACAAAUCCACUUUAAAUAAAAUUUCCAUCAUAAUAAUAUAUUUUAAAUAGAUGGACAAGACAAUCAAUUGGUUAAGAACCAUCUUAAUGCUCAAAAUGUGAAUUGAUUCCUAAAUUUACUUUUCAAAAAAACUAGGUUAAUAAUAGUGUAGAAUCAUUAAAGAGAUCUAUGAUAUAAUUUUAAUCAUAGGAUAAUUCUUCAUAAAUUACAGAAUUACCAUAACCAAUGAAAUUUUAUAAAUUUGAGUAAAUUAUUAUUAUUUAUAGAUCAGUCCAAAAAUUAAUUCUUUUUUACAUCUCUACAAAACUAAAGGAAUGACAAUUCUAUCUCUAAAAGAUAAUUUCAAAUGUUUAAAGAAACCAAUAAUAGGUGAUAGAUUAUUAUUAAGUUUUGAUUUAAGUCCUUUUAAUAAUGAUGAAAGAGUGUCAUACAAAUAAUUUUGUCAUUUUAUAAGAGUUUUCAUUAACAAAAAAGCAAAUUUAAAAGAAAUGAUAGAUAGUGUAUUGAAUGUAAGUCAAUUAAUUAAUAAAUUUAGUUUUAUGACCCAGAUAAAUAAUUGAAAGUAACCAAUAGAGAGUUUAUAAAUAUUAAUAGAAUACUUUGUGAAUAAUUCUAAGAGAAACAUCCAACAAUUAAACCAAUCUAUCAAGAGUUGAUAUAAAACUUUAAACUUUCGAAAGUAAUUAGUGAUGAAAAUGAUACUUAUUUUGAUUAAUAAGCAUUUAAACAUGUUUUCAUAUCAAAUUAAAUGCACAUCUAGGAUAUUAUAGAAUUGAUUAGUGAUGAGUGA